UAGGCCUAAAGACAGUUGGGAACAGCAUUAUUAUAGUCUUAAACAAGACUUAUAUAAUUAUUUAUUAUUCGACGCAACAUAGAAGACCAUUGACGAUGGGGCUGAUUUAAAGAAAGCUUCUCAACAAAGCAUGCAAAUCACGUCACGCGUCGGCUGGAAAAACCAACCCCUGCUCGAGAGAGAAUUUAUGCUGAUUUCGACAUGACAGAUUACGAAGUGUCAGUUCAACAACUCAACGAUCUGUUGACAGACGAAAAUGGACACUUCCACAUGCCUUCUAAAAACUUUAAUGAAGUCUACGCCGGAAUACUCCUUGGGGACCAGUCUGUCAUCAGAAAUGUGACCCGUCUGAAGCAGCUGGGAGUGACGCAUAUCCUGAAUGCAGCGGAAGGCGAGUCAGACAUGCACGUGAACACUAGUGCAGAGUUUUAUUCUGGAUCGGGAAUCAUCUAUCAUGGAGUACCAGCAUUUGACACGGACCAUUUUGACCUCAGCAGAUAUUUUGAAGAGGCUUCUGAUUUCAUUAAAAGGGCUUUGUCAAUAAAAGUUUUUACAGGUAAGGUUUAUGUUCACUGUCAGAAAGGCUACAGUCGUUCAGCUACACUGGUCAUUGCAUAUCUGAUGCUGCAUCACAGGAUGACUGUACAUGAUGCUGUGGCCUUAGUGAGAGAAAAACGUGAAAUUGGACCAAACGAUGGAUUUCUACGUCAGCUUUGUGAGCUAAACAACAGGUUGAAAGAUUAAGAAAGAGUGUGUGAGAAGUAGUUUGAUUUUUUCUGAAAUUCUUCUUUUUUUGUUAUCAAUUAAUGUUUGUCUCUGUUAUGUCAAGCUUUUUAGUUUUCUUACUGUAUAUGUUAUAGAUGAUAUAUAUACAUACUUCAUAUAUAAUUAACAUUUAUUUACUUGGCAACAUGCUUUGUUGUAGCAAACUGGUACAAAAUAGUGUAAAUGAGAAAAUGUGUUGGAAACAUUAAUCUAAGAGGUGACUAUAACAAAUAUUAGCAGUUUAUCUACAUGCAAACUACAAUUUGUUUGAAAAAUAACAUUUUAUAUUUUUGGUGACUGGUGAGUGUGUGAUCAGUCAUGUCAUGUGGAAUGAAUGUUUUCUGUAUCUCCUGACCUCUAGUGGUGCUGUGAAUGAUCAAAGACAGUAAAAAAGUAUUUCCCUCUGAGAGCAGACUUAAUUUCGAUGAUUAACUGUUUAAUUUAUCUACAUAUUGUAUGCAAACCCAUACCUAAGUUCAUAUUAGACUGUUUUAAUGCAUCAAUGAAGAAUAUUUCAUGUCAGCGAUUGCACAGAUUGGGUACAUUUAUUUUUUCUGAUGUUUGAACUUUUUUGACAGGUUAUGUGAUUCAGUUGACUAAUAAAAUCAUCUACAACGAUAAAAAAAGCCUCCUAAAGGGAUAACCCCCCCAAAAAAAAUAAUUUAUUCAUCCUCAUUUCAUUCCA